CUGGUGAAGUGGCUGCGUAUGGUUGAGCUCGUCAUAAUUUUGAUGUAAUAUUAAUCCGUAAAACAACACAUAGUCGCUUGGUUUACAUAAAUUCUGUCUGUAUAGAACGAGCAAAAUGGGGAAAAGGGAAAAGUUAGAGCGAGACAAAAAGUCCAAAAAGCGAUAUUAUGAGGAUGAUGAUGACUUUGAAGAGGAAUCUGUGGGAAGUGAAUCACAGGAGGCCAUACCCGCAGCAGCUGGCAAGCAGGUGGAUGAGUCCACUAUCAAACAUGAUGAGUAUGGCGCAAAGGACUACCGCUUACAGAUGUUACUAAAGAAUGACCAUUCCUCUCGACCUUUGUGGGUGGCUCCUGAUGGUCAUAUCUUCCUAGAGGCUUUCUCUCCAGUCUAUAAAUAUGCACAGGACUUUCUGGUGGCCAUUGCUGAGCCAGUAUGCAGGCCUAGUCACAUGCAUGAAUAUAAACUAACCGCGUACUCCCUGUAUGCUGCUGUGAGCGUCGGCCUGCAGACCUCGGACAUCAUCGAGUACCUCCAGAAACUCAGCAAGACCUCCGUACCCGAUGGCAUCAUUCAGUUUAUAAAGUUGUGUACAGUGAGCUAUGGGAAGGUCAAGCUGGUACUGAAGCACAACAGGUAUUUUGUAGAGAGUGCUUUUCCUGAUGUAAUUCAGCGGCUGCUGCAGGACCCGGUGAUUCGAGAUUGUCGACUUCGCACUGCUGAAGGAGAAGAACCUGAGCUCAUCACAGAGGUCAUCUCCAGCAAAUCAGCAAUCUCUAAGACUCAGCAUGACAACGCUGGUGCGUCUACUUCCAAAACAGCAGAAGGAGAGCCUUCUGCUUCCCAGGUUCCUGAGGACAUCUUUAGCUAUUAUGAACAAAUGGACAAAGAGGAAGAAGAGGAGGAAGAGACGCAGACUGUCUCUUUUGAGAUCCGUCAGGAGAUGAUUGAAGAAUUACAGAAGCGCUGUAUCCAGCUUGAGUACCCACUGUUAGCUGAGUAUGACUUCCGCAAUGACACAGUCAACCCCGACAUCAAUAUGGACCUGAAGCCUACAGCCGUGCUCAGACCGUACCAGGAGAAGAGCCUGCGCAAAAUGUUCGGCAAUGGACGAGCUCGCUCAGGAGUGAUCGUGCUGCCCUGCGGAGCUGGAAAGUCUCUGGUGGGUGUUACAGCAGCCUGCACUGUACGCAAGCGUUGCCUGGUCUUGGGAAACUCCUCUGUGUCAGUGGAGCAAUGGAAAGCCCAGUUUAAGAUGUGGUCCACCAUCGAUGACUCGCAAAUAUGCCGCUUUACUUCGGAAGCCAAGGAGAAACCUAUUGGUUGCUCAGUGGCUAUCAGUACAUACUCCAUGCUGGGUCAUACCACCAAGCGCUCCUGGGAGGCAGAGAGGGUGAUGGAGUGGAUGCGCAGCCAGGAGUGGGGGCUUAUAAUCCUUGAUGAGGUCCACACAAUUCCAGCUAGGAUGUUCAGGCGUGUUCUGACCAUCGUCAAAGCUCACUGUAAGAUGGGUUUAACAGCUACACUGGUGAGGGAGGACGAUAAGAUCGUCGAUCUCAACUUUCUGAUCGGGCCCAAACUGUAUGAGGCUAACUGGAUGGAGCUGCAAAACAACGGCUACAUUGCAAAAGUCCACUGUGCUGAGGUGUGGUGUCCUAUGUCACCCGAGUUUUAUCGCGAAUAUGUGGCUAUAAAGAGUAAAAAACGGAUCCUGCUGUACACCAUGAACCCCAACAAGUUCCGCGCCUGCCAGUUCCUCAUCCGUUUCCACGAGAGACGCAACGACAAGAUUAUCGUCUUUGCCGACAACGUCUUCGCUCUCAAGGAAUAUGCCAUUCGUCUCAACAAACCCUACAUUUAUGGACCCACAUCACAAGGGGAGAGAAUGCUCAUCCUUCAGAAUUUCAAACUCAACCCCAAAGUCAACACAAUUUUUAUCUCCAAGGUGGGAGAUACGUCCUUUGACUUGCCUGAGGCGAAUGUUUUGAUUCAGAUCUCGUCUCACGGAGGCUCCCGCCGUCAGGAGGCCCAGAGAUUGGGUAGAGUUCUGCGUGCCAAGAAAGGAAUGGUUGCUGAGGAGUACAAUGCCUACUUUUACUCACUGGUGUCUCAGGACACACAAGAGAUGGCCUAUUCUACCAAAAGACAGCGCUUCCUUGUUGACCAGGGAUACAGCUUCAAGGUUAUUACUAAGCUGGCAGGGAUGGAGGAGGAGGACCUGAUGUUUUCCUCACGUGAGGAGCAACAGCAGCUGCUGCAGAAAGUUCUGGCCGCAAGUGACCUUGAUGCAGAGGAGGAGGUGGUCUCAGGAGAAUUUGGAGGAAAAACUCAAUUUUCUCGCAGGACCGGAACUAUGAGUUCAAUGUCGGGGGCUGAUGACACAAUCUACAUGGAGUACCAGUCUCGCGGCAGCAAACAAGCAAUCGGAAAGAACAUUCAUCCUCUUUUCAAACGCUUCCGAAAGUGAUCCGUGUUCCGCAGAGUCACCUAAAGUUUCUGAUAUUGCCUCAGAUCCAUAAUCCAGACCAAGGCCUCUGUAAAACUGGAAGGAAAGAGGAAUAAUUCUGUAAAUAUUGUUGCCUGUUUUGCAUAGUUAGUAAAAACGCUAAGGCAUAAGUGGGGGAAAAAUUGGAAAGACUAAAUUAUGACAGAAUGUGACUCUGAAUGGCUAAAGCACUACACCGUUUUAUGUUUGAGAAUACAGAUUUUUAAAAGAGCAGAAGCAGUACUACAAUACUGCAUUGCCUGCGUAUCCUGGGUACCUGGGAUCCAUCAUUAAUCUAUGCAUCCUGCUGGCCUAGUUUGGCAUGUUUAUUUAAUGUCUACAUGGGUUCUCCUGCCACUUCCCAAAAUGUUCCCGUGGGUGAAGUUGCUACUGUUAAUUGUUUCAAGUGUAAGCCAUUAUGUAAUUGUCUAAUGCCCUGCUAUGAGUUUCCUCUUUGUAGUGAAUCAAUGAAUGAAUGAAGGUAGGUAGGUAGGUAGGUAGAAAGUCAUCAACUAUGCAGUACUGUGGCUUACAAACUUCAUAUUUGAUGAAACAGUAUAGAGUAUACAAUUCUAUAUUAGUGACAUGAGUUUGUAUUUUGCAUGGCAGAUGAACACCACGUUUGUUAAAUUACAUUUCAUUGAAAUGAAAUGAAAUAAUGCAUAUAUGAAGCUUUGUACUAAUCUGGUUUAACCAAUGCUAAAGCCUUAUUCCGAGUACUUAGCCUGAGCGGCCUAUUGUAUUCUAGAAAUUCUUGGUUGCCAAAUUGCCUAAAAUGCAUCUUCAUAUUUUGUCAUGUUGUGUUUCCAAUUUAGCUUUCCUGCUGAGGUGAUGUUUUUGUUUGUUUGCUAUUAAAGAGAAAUAUAUCAAA